AUCAUCAUGUCUGGACGGCUUCAUGCGCGCAGAACAGACGGUGUCGGUAAAAACGUUUGGGUUGAGUUCACACAACUGGCAGCAGACUACAAAGCAGUGAACCUCGGACAGGGAUUUCCAGACUUCUCCCCUCCGCCAUUUGUCCAGGAGGCUUUUUGUAAAGCUGUGAGUGGAGGACCCCCCAUGCACCAGUAUACCCGAGCAUUUGGCCAUCCGCCUCUUGUGAAAAGUCUGGCUAAAUUCUUCAGCCGGAUUGUGGGACAUGAGAUUGAUCCUCUUGAGGACAUCCUGGUCACAGUUGGAGCUUAUCAGGCUCUCUUCUGUGCAUUUCAGGCCCUGAUUGAUGAAGGGGAGGAAGUUAUCAUUAUUGAGCCGUUCUUUGACUGUUACCAGCCGAUGGUAAAGAUGGCUGGAGGAAAAGCAGUGUAUGUACCUCUGAGGCCGAAGGUUGAAGGUGGAACCAUCCUUUCGAGCGGAGACUGGGUUCUUUCUGCUGAGGAGCUGGCCAGUAAAAUCACUCCACGCACAAAAGCCAUAGUUAUUAACACUCCCAACAACCCAUUAGGAAAGGUUUACAAGACCGAAGAGCUGCAAAUGAUCGCUGAUCUGUGUAUCAAACAUGACCUGCUGUGCAUCAGUGACGAGGUGUACGAGUGGCUGACUUAUGACGGAACCAAGCAUGUAAAGAUAGCCAGCCUUCCUGGCAUGUGGGAACGAACCAUAACUGUCGGCAGUGCUGGAAAGACUUUCAGUGCUACUGGCUGGAAGGUUGGCUGGGCUAUUAGCUGUUGCCAAAUCAUCAAACAUUUGAAAGCCAUGCAUCAGAGCUCUGUGUUUGAUUGUGCAACCGCUGCUCAGGAGGCAGUAGCUCAGGGAUUUGAGAGAGAAUAUGAGGUGUUUGGGACUCCAGACAGCUACUUCCAGCAGCUGCCUGCCAUGUUACACCACAAGAGGAAGAAGCUGGCCUUGUGUCUGGAGAGUGUGGGUUUGCAGCCCAUCAUGCCAGAGGGAGGCUAUUUUAUGAUCGCAGACAUCUCCUCUGUCAAGGUUGACCUCAGUGACCAGAGUACUAAUGAUGAACCCUAUGACUUCAGAUUUGUUAAAUGGCUAAUUAAAGAGAAGGGUUUAGCAACAAUACCCGUCUCUGCAUUCUACAGUCCAGAGCACAGAAAGUUCUUUGACAAAUACAUCCGUUUCUGUUUUGUCAAGGAGGACUCUACCCUGGAAGCAGCAGAGGACAUCUUGAGAAAAUGGAGCCACAGAAAGUAA